GAAUUUAUGAACUAACUAUACCGAAGAUAUAACAGUAUAAUACUACGAGCUAUAAGCCCGGAGAGAUUAUACCUUGCCUCGCAAAAAAAUCAAUUAUUGACAGUAGGUGGAUAUUCUCGACUUGAUCGCAAGUAUGGCAGUACAAGACGCCCAACUACGCGUCCUCAUUGCCGGAGCUGGAAUUGCAGGCCUCGCGACAGCAAUCGCGUUGACACGCAUCUCUGGCAUAUCAAAUCUGGAUAUUCAGCUUUACGAGCAGGCCCCGGAGCUGCUUGAGAUUGGGGCUAGUAUUGCGUUGAGUCCAAAUGGAAUGCGAACUCUGGAAAAGCUUGGUGUAGAUAAUGCCCUUAGCGACGAGAUCGGGUUUCGAGGACCUAGUGACAUACCACAUAUUUUCCGGCAUUGGAAGUCCAACCAAGUCGUCUCUGUGGAUACACAUAUCAAUGUUCCGGACCGUCGUCACCAGACAACACGUUUCCAUCGUGGCCAUCUUCACGCUGCACUAUUGAAACAUGUUCCAAGAGAAGCAAUUCACUUGGGUAAAAGGGUUUCACAUGCAGAAGCAACCGAGGAUAGAGUAUCGCUGCACUUCAUUGAUGGUACUAGCACCUAUGGUGACGUUCUAAUAGGGGCAGACGGAAUAAAAUCAAAAGUGCGGCAAGCGUACUUCCCUAACUAUAGACUUAGAUUUGGUGGCAAGAUUUUCAUGAGGGCAACGUUCGACGCCAACUUGGUUGAGGGCAAAGUUCCGAACUUGCCAGCAGAUUCAACACACUGGUGGGGUCCUAAAGACAAUUUCUUCGCUUCCAAGCUGGGCAAAGGUCAGUACACUACGGUAGGGGCAUAUGAAGAUGGACGGAGUCUGGAGGAAUUGGAGAAGAGCAUUUCUUGGGACCAGCCUGGCGACGUUCAAUUUUUGAAAGAAAAAUAUAAGAACUGGAACCCGGUUGUCAAAGCACUAUCUGAGCUGACCCCAUACUCUCGCCUAUACCCUAACUAUGUCGGUGAUCCCCUUCCAACGUGGGUUCUCGCAUCGCGGGUGACACUAAUAGGCGAUGCGGCGCAUGCCCAUGGAGGAGCGUUCGCAGCUGGAGGUUCGUUGGCUCUUGACGAUAGUCUCGCACUUGCGCUGGGAUUUAAGCAUACCUUUGCAUCGCCUGAAUCCAAUAUCCCGUUUUCAGCCUCGAAUAUUCGCAGGUCUCUCAGCUUAUAUGAUCGUACAAGAAGACAGCAUACCGAAGAGUUGUUGAGUAUCGUACAUCAUCAACUCAACAACCAAACACCUUUAUCCAUAGCGCCGGAGGUAGGGGAGACGGUUCUGAUAUCCAGAUUAAAGAACAGACCGAAUACAGAAUGGAUGACCGAGCAUGAUGUUGAGAAGGCAUUUGCCAUUGUCGCCGCUUCACAAGAAUUCGCCGUCGACGCUUCCCAGGCCAACAGGACAAAUGGUCGAAAAAAGGUGGGGGGGCGGAAUGACAGUAUUGGUCUUAGAGAAAAACUAUGACUCCAUUUUAGAGUGAUGCUAAUGCCUUCAAUCGAAUGAGGCUAGGGGGAGUGACGGUUUCACAAUAAUGACGUCCAUUGAUGUUUAUUGUUACCAGGCCUUGAUUGAAGACCGGAUAUAUCAUAUGCAUAUUUAGUCAAGUAUUCAAUCUUUCUGUAUAGCAAUAAACUGGCUACUAUUUGA